UUACCUAGUUUCCAUUUUUUAAAGCUCACUAUUUUGAAUGUAAUAGAAUUACUUUAGUUUAAAAAGUGUAUACAUAUAAUAAUAUUAAGUUUGCUGAUGAAUUUUUUAAGUUUGUGUCAUGUAAAAUAAAAAAAAAUCAAUAGAAAUAAAUACGUAUGUGAAAUUAAAUAUUGAAACUGAUUCACUGAAAAUAAAAAAAAAUUUUAAUGGAAAAUGAACAAUGAACUUUAGAUUCAAAUGGGUAGAACAAAAUUUCGACAAGCUAAUUAAGAAAGCAAAAACCUGUCGAAAUAAAAAUACGCACCUAUGUACGAAUGUUAAAGCUCAUCACAAAGGCUAAAUCAUGUUAAAUUGUAUACCGAUAUAAUACUUAUAUACAUAUGUAUAUACAAAUUUAAAAAAACUCAGUUCAAGGCACGAUAAUACUCCAUAUUUGUAUAAAUUUGCAAGUUUUUAAUAUAUUUAAAAUUUUACAUGACGUACUUAUGAAUAACAAAAGAGUAAAAGAAGUAAAGUUGAGAGAAAUGCACAAAACUACUAAUAUUUUAAUCAAAUAGAUGAAGAAAAAAUUAUGUGCCGAUAUAAAAUAAAUGUUGAUGAAAUAUGAUAAAAUAAUAUUCAAUCAUUAAUUUAAAUAAAAAUUAAUGUUUUCAAUAUAUUCAAAAAAUAUUAUUUGAUUUUGAUGAGUGCAAGGAAAAUUAUUAAAAGUUGAAAUAACUGACAAUGAAGUAUUACAAUCUAUUUAGUUUACUGUUAAUAUUUUUGCUGCCAUUAAGAAGCAGCUGUGACAUCUUAACUACAGAAGAUAAUUAUUGGAAAAAAUUUGAUGAUGGAGAAGAUGAUUAUGAUGAUUAUUCUAGUGAAGAAGUUAAUUUACUUCAACCAAAUGUUAAUAAUAGUAGCAAUGUAACUGAAAACUACAGUAAUACGAUAAAUUUUACAAUAGAGUCAACAGCAAAUAACAUUUUUGUUAAAAAUAAUACUACUGAGUACUCAGAAAAUGGUUUUAAAAAAGUAGGAACAACAUUACAGAAUUGCCCAGAUGUUUGUGAUUGCGAUGAAUAUUUGUUAUUUGCAAAUUGUUCAAAUAGGAAAUUAAAGCAAAUACCAAAAAAUUUACCGAUUAAAUUAAUGGAGUUGGAUUUAAGUCAUAAUUUAAUCAAAAAAAUUUAUAAAAAUGAUUUAGAUUAUUUAGUAAAUUUAAAAAAAAUUUUGUUAGCUAACAACGAAAUUUACACAAUUGAUGAAGGCUCUUUUAAAAAUAAUAAUAAUCUAGAAAUGGUUGACCUAGCUGUAAAUCAAAUCAAAACAAUUAGUCAAAAUACAUUUGACAAUAAUCCAAAUCUAUCGAUUUUGAACUUAAGUAAUAACGCUAUUACAAUACCGCAAUCCGGAAGUUUUAUAAACGCUCCUAUAUUGGAGAUUUUAGUUUUAACAAAUUGUAGUAUAAACAAAGUUUACGAUGAUACUUUUAAAAAUACGAGUGGGCUGAUCAAAUUAAUGCUGGAUGAAAAUGACUUUAAUAAGAAAAUCAAUACUCAAGCUUUUAAUGCAUCAUUACCAAAAUUGGUUAAGUUGACAUUACCUGAAUUAGAACAGUCAUAUAUUUUAGAACUGUGUCAAAGUCUUCAAUCAAUUGAUAAAAUUAGUUUUAAAAAUUUCGAUUUAAGUUGUUUUGAAAUGGUUGCAGGAUUAUCAUUUAAUGAAAGCUUAAUUUCGUCAGGAACACAAAUACCUGUACUUCAAAAAAAAGAUAUAAAUAAAAAUCAAACCAUAAUGGGAGUUGCUGUAGUAAGUUUGCUAAUUGGAAUACUUUGCCGUAAAGAUGUUUAUGGAGUAAAAACUAAAUUAUGUCGUUCAAAAAAAACACGUGGACCUGCAAAAUCUGAUCAAAGUAAACAUGUAGAAGAAAUACCUUUGAAUAAAGUUUAAAAUUCUUAUAUGAAAUUUGUCUAAAAAAAAUUAGUUUCAUAAACUGAUAUCAGUUUAGAAUUUUAUAUGUUAAGCUAAAGUGAUUAAUUUGAUAUUUUGGAAUUUUGUAUGUCAUUUUAGUAUAUUUUUAAGAUUUAUAAAUUUUCUUGGAAAGUAUUGUGAUGACUUAUUACAAAAUAUUGUAAAAAGUCAACUUUGAUUGCAUAAGUUCUAAGUAACAAUAAUUUGUAUAAUUUCACAGUUUAGAAUAAAUCAUAUUUUAUAAAAGUAAACAAAAUCUUACUUAGUAUUGCUAAUUAUUUCUUUUGAAAUUAAAUCAUUUAUCGUUUUUCUAGAAUUUUUAUGUGAAGUUUUUUUUCUGUUACUAAUGAAGAAAUUAAAAGACUUCCAUAAAAAAAAUUUAAAAUAAUAAUAGCAUAUUUCGUAUAAAUUGAUAAUAUUAAAUUUAUAAAUUUAAAAUUUUAAAUUUUUAAUCACAGAAAUAUCGGAGGAAAAGUUAGAUAACAAAAAAAACUUUUAAGGAAAAAAAAUAUUUAUUAACUACAAUGCUGGAAAACAUUACUUUGCGUAUUGUCAUUAAAAGUAAAUUAUUUAAUAAAAAGGCAUAAGAAUUACGAUUUUUACAAAAGUUUUUCCAGCAAUUAUUUAAUUUGUUAUUUUUAACUUGUAAUAUUAUAAACAUAAUUGUAAAGCUUUAAUUUUUGCAAAAAACCGAUAAGAAAGGUUAAUUUUUAUCUAUAAAAUAAAAAAAAUUUUAAAUAAA